AUGAUUGAUGCAACUAGUGGAGGAGCUUUGGUGGAUAAAACUCCCAAGGCCACAAGAAACUUGAUUGCAAAUAUGGCGGCCAAUUCUCAACAAUUUGGCACCAGGCUUGACCUUCCAUCUAAGCAUGUUAAUGAGGACAACUGCAAAGGAAGUAUGAUCCCUAUUCAAGCACGUAUAACUCGGGAUGGAGGGCUCACCCCAAUCUUAGCUAUGGGAAUGCACAAGCAAAUUAGCCUACGACUCAAAACCACCCAAGUUGCUAGCAAUAUAAGUAGCCAUACUCCCCUAGACAACAACCGGGCCAAACUUCUAAUUCUGGUUGAGAUUCUAGUAAAGGCAGCCCCUACAUCAUUGAAGCAAGAAAGGGAGCAAAAUGUCAUUGCAGACAAGAAUGUUCCCAAUGAUGAUGAGGUACCUAAGCGUAAGUUUCCACCUCUUUCUGAUUAUAAACCAGUACCUCCGUUUCCUCAGGGUUUAGUAGAAUCAAGAAAAUAUGAGCAAAAUAAAGAUUUAUAUGAGACUUUUCGUAGAUGCAAGGUAAAUUUUCCACUUUUAGAUGCCAUUAAACAAGUACUUCAUUAUGCUAAAUUCUUGAAAGAACUGUGUACAAUUAAAAGGAAACAAAAACUUAAAGGAUGUGAGAAGGUGAGAGUAGGGGAAAAUGUUUCUGCAGUUAUUCAAAGAAAACUCCCUGCAAAGCGCAAAGAUAUAGGUAUGUUUACUAUCCCUUGUACAAUAGGUAAUACUCAACUUGAGAAGGCCAUGCUAGAUUUAGGAGCUUCCAUCAAUGUUAUGCCAUAUUCUGUAUAUGUUUCUUUGAAACUUGGACCUUUGAAUAAAACUGGCGUUGUGAUUCAAUUAGUUGAUAGAUCUAUUGCCUAUCCUAAAGGUGUAGUUGAGGAUGUUCUUGUGCAAGUUAAUGAUUUGGUUUUCCCUACUGAUUUCUAUGUGCUUGAUAUGGAGAAUGGUGAUCAAACCACUCCUAUUUUGUUAAGAAGACCAUUCUUAAAGACAUCCAAGACUAAGAUAGAUGUUCAUAGUGGCACACUUACCAUGGAAUUUGAAGGUGAAAUUGUUAAAUCUUUAAAAAUGUAG